GCAGCCCAUCCCACCAACUACCACUUUCCCUCCAUUCUCUCGCACAGAGAAGGGGAACCGCGGGAGCUCGCCGGAGAUGUCGUCGGCGGCCAUGAAGCUCGCCAACGCUGCUGACGCUAGCUCGGAGGAGGCCCAAUCUCUCAUCGCGGACAUGCGCAAGGCCGUCAACACCAUGAGGUCCAUCGCCGUCGAGUUCGAGAAGGCAAAUAUGUCCGAUAAGGUGAAGGAGGUCGAGAAGGAAAUGCUGGAGCUCUUGGCUUCGUACGAGGACUGCGCAUUCCUCGCCGAGGCGGUCAAGGCGGUGCCUCAGAUAUACCAGCCGUCUGAUCAGCCUACGGAUUUCAAAAGGCUAAUUGAGGCGGAGGUUACCAAAAUCAAGGGUAACUCACGAGUGUCGGGACAUUGCCAGCAGCUCGUUCGGCAGUUCAGAGAGGCUGUUUGGGAUGUUCAUCAUGCAGGUCAGCCCAUGCCUGGAGACGAACAAGAGGAGCUCGUUAUGACUAGCACCCAGAGGAACGUCCUAAAUAUCAAAUGCCCAAUAACUAUGAAGCCUAUAAUUGAGUUGACAGAUCCAGUUCGCUGUACGGAGUGCAGACACAUAUAUGACAAGAAUCCUAUUAUGAGUUACAUCAGAAACAACAAACCUCCGCGGUGCCCUAUUGCAGGUUGCCCGAAGAUGUUACACACAGGGAAUGUUGUCUGCGAUUCCAUGCUCCGAGUCGAAAUCGAUGAGUUCCGUUCAUCAGGGGCAGCUGAUUCAAUUGCUUCAGAUGUAGAGGAUAUCUCGGACUUGAAUGAUGACGAGGAGGAGCCAAUGGAUGAGGACAGCGACCAUUUGUAAUGGGUGUUGCGAGAAAAAAAGGAGGGUGUGGCAAGUUCGGUAUGUAGGAUACUAGCUCUUAGAACUGUUCAGGACGUACUGAUCUGGACCAUCACUGCAGCCUGGCUGUCACCUUUUCGUCUUUGGCGUUCUCUGUAAGAAAUGUGAAUCCUCUGUCGGUUAAGCUAAACUAAUGUAGCAGGCUUAGCUAUAUGAAAUAUAUCCAAGUAUUGAUCAAACUCUUCUAUACACUCGUCUGCAGUGUUCUAUUCCAUUGAA